AUGUUAGCAUCUCUGGUAUUUGGAUUCAUAUUUGGACUAAUUUUGGGAACGACAGAAAUGCCUUGGGGAUUUGGUGACUGGCCUACGGAGGAAAUGAAGGGACGAGGUAACGUGCGUUCGUUAUGGAUGGGAGUACUUUGGGCUCUAACUUCUGGAACAGGAGUAGCAUUAGCUUUGCUCCAGGGUAGUGCUGGACCUCUAUUGUAUAGCUAUAUCAGCCUCUUUGCUACCACCUGUGGUGAAUUGUGUAAGUAA